AUGGCUGGCCUCGAGCAGAUCGAGGUACACUCAAGGAACUACCUGGUGCGAUGGGUCAAUGUCAAACAAGAACACACCAUCUCCUGGACUGUCCAGCCUCACAAAAAGUCCAUUAACUUCGGCCUCUUCAAGCACCCAGGGCCGCAGUCAACCCUCCAUGGCUCGCAGAUGUCCCUCCUCCCACCACCCUCACCCAACCCCGCGGCUUCUGAAGAGGAAAAGAGCGAGGCCAAUUCCACUGCCAUUGAGAAGCUGACUGGGAUUGGUCUGAAACAAGUUCGCUGGGUGGGCAAGUGUGAGGCCGACAAGGUCUCUCAAGGUAUUUACGACAUCCCUCUGGGACAGGGCGGGAAUUAUGCAUUGGUGUUCGACAACACCUUCUCCAAGAACAUCUCCAAGACUGCCACCGUCUUCCUCUUCACCUAUCCUACAGCAUGUCAGCCGCAGAUCCAGUUGGGGGCGCAGAUGCACCACUCCCAAGCCAUGGCUUCCGCCAUGGCCAUAGCAGCGGGAGCGGCGCCCAUGUUAAAGAGAAGCCCUAAGCUCAAGGCCCGAGACAAAGAAUCGGUUGACUCCUUGAGGCAGGCCUCCAUAAGCCAUUCCAUCCCGGGAAGCAUUGGUGCCGCCUCUGAAGGAACCAAGGCUCCCGACGAUUCGGCCUCGAUCCACACGGGUGUUCUACAGAAGCGAAGGAGGAAGAAACACCAAGGCUAUGCGCGGCGAUUCUUCUGCUUGGACUAUACAUCUUCCACGCUGUCAUACUACCACGAUCGUAAUUCUUCUGCUCUGCGGGGUGCCAUCCCUCUCUCUCUGGCCGCAAUCGCUGCCAAUGCCAAAUCUCGUGAAAUUUCGAUUGACUCGGGGGCCGAGAUAUGGCAUCUCAAGGCAAACAAUGUAGCAGACUUCGAGGCUUGGAAAGAAGCCCUAGCGACCGCAACACGUCUGAUGCUGGAGGCAACUACCCCUGCCGAUGGUCUGCACAUUGAUGUUGGAGCUACAGACCGGCCUUCAGCUAUCAAUGAGCAAGAGUGGGCUCGGCUUGAGACCUUGUUGAGUAGGAUAUCAGGGACCCGAGAUGCUGUGCGUCGCCUGUGCCUCGAAACUGCGCCUCUGCCGCCUCCCAGUGCUCCACCGAGGUUGGGAUCGAGUUCCCAGAGUACCACUCCCACCGACGGGCCUUCGGAAGACUAUUUCAGACAGGACGACAAGCGGCCCUUUUGGAAACGAAAGCCGAGCACGAAUGCCAGCCAGACCAGCAUCUUCAAGCGUAGUGUGUCAGCCCAAUUGGCAGUUCCCAUUCCGGGCGUGGAAAAUCUCCUCAGAAACGGGGUCGGAUCUUCGGCGGGAACAGGUCGCCCUCACCUCCACCAUGAAGAAGGCAUGCAUGAUCAUUGCAAGGCGGUGUUGCAUGACCUUGACUCGGUAGUGUCGGAGUUCUCGAGCUUGGUGGCUGAGAACAAGAUCCGGCGAACGGCCCCUCCCAGAUCUGCGGUAUCGAGAUUGAGCUUGCAGUCUGUGGACUCGCAAGAAUACUUUGAUGCUGAAGAUAACAAUCAAAUGCUCGACAUACACAGCGAUUCAGAUCGUGAAGAGGAGUAUGAUGAGGCAGCUGGUGGGGAUGAAGAUUCGGCGACAAGCAGCGAUAUUGGAGAAGACGCGCUUGACGUGAGCAAGAGGAGAUCCGGCAGUGUUUCUUCGUAUUUACCGCCGCGCUCCAAGACCUUGUCACCAUUGCCACUGAGUGCCGUCGUACGGAGGAAGAAUGUCGCUCCUCCCACGGUCAUGCCUCCAAGUCUGAUUGGGUUUUUGAGGAAGAAUGUGGGCAAAGAUCUGUCGACCAUCUCGAUGCCGGUUUCGGCGAAUGAGCCACUAUCGCUUCUUCAAAGGGCAGCUGAACAACUGGAGUAUUCAGCACUUCUGGACCAUGCCGUCAAGUGCACGGAUGCAUUCGAGCGGUUGAUGUAUGUGACGGCUUUCGCGCUGUCUUCUUUAUCCAAUGCGCGUGUCAAAGAGAGGUCGAUUCGAAAGCCGUUCAACCCGAUGUUGGGUGAGACGUACGAACUCGUGCGGGAAGACCGGGGAUUCCGAUUUAUUGCGGAGAAGGUAUCACAUCGACCGGUUCAGCUCGCGUUCCAUGCGGAGUCGAAGGAAUGGACGUUCACCCAAUCACCGAUGCCGUCACAAAAGUUCUGGGGGAAGUCGUCUGAGAUUAUUACCGAGGGCAAAGCACGGCUUGUUCUACAUCAGACAGGAGAAGUGUACUCAUGGUCGGCGGCGACUUGCUUCCUGCGCAACAUCAUUGCAGGAGAAAAGUACGUGGAGCCGGUGGGAAGCGUGACGGUUUUCAACGAGACUGCUGGAUCCAAGGCGAUAGCAUCGUUCAAAGCCAAGGGAAUGUUCUCGGGUCGAAGUGAAGAUGUGGAGGUGCAAACCAUCGACCCGCAAGGCGAAGAAUUGGCGAUUAGUCUUCACGGAACGUGGACGAAUGCGCUCCAGCUGAAAGAGCCCGGCAAGAUUGGGCACUCGACGAUAUGGAGCGCGGGGGCUCUUGUGGAUCAAGCACCGAAACACUACGGGAUGCCAUUGUUUGCGGCCGAAUUAAAUGAGAUUACUCAGAUUGAGAGAGAUCGAAUCCCGGUGACGGACAGUCGGCUACGACCUGACCAGCAAGCUCUGGAACGGGGGCAACAUGACGAGGCUGAGUCACUGAAGAAUCAACUGGAAGAAGGGCAGCGAGCACGACGGAGAGAGAUGGAAGCAGCUGGGGAGUCCUGGAAAGCGAGAUGGUUUACCAAGGUGGAGAUGGAAGAUGAAGUCAUCUGGAGACUAAAGGUCGGGAAGGACGGGUACUGGGAGGAACGGGCACGAGGAGAAUGGACUGGAGUCGUGCCCGUGCUUCGUGUAUAA